ACCCGAAUUAUGGCAUCAAAGGUUCGGACACAUCAAUUAUGAAUACCUGAGACAAAUGGGUGAAAUUGAUGAUACCGGAGUGCCAAAAGGGAUAAAGAAACCCGGCGUUUGUGCAACAUGUGAGCGUGCGAAACACACCAAAAAGAGUUUCGGAACUAAAUCUAGGGAGAGGGCAAAGGAGCCUCUCGAACUAGUUCACACAGAUGUACUUGGACCAGUUGAAGUAGAGUCACUUGGGGGCGCAAGAUACGCGAUAGGAUUUACGGACGAUUACACCCGAUGGAGGGUAGUGUAUCCGAUGAAACAUAAGUCGGACUCACUUGAUUGUCUGAAGCGAUAUAUACAGGAUAUGAAUAUAUCAUUUCGUGAUCACAAAGUGAAUACUUUGCGCGGAUUAAGAUCGGACAAUGGAGGUGAAUACACUGGCGUAGACUUUAAGAACUUCUGCAAAAAUCAUGGUAUUAGACAAGAUUUUGGUAUACCAUAUGGACCGCAGGAUAAUGGUGUUGCUGAAAAGUCAUGGCAUGUAUUAUCAAACAUGGCUCGAAGUCUUCGCAUACAGGCUGGAUUGGGAAAGGGUUUCUGGGCUGAAGCCCUCAAUACUGCUGCAUAUAUUUUGAACAGAUCGAGGAAUUCCGCAUUGGGGCCAGAUGAAACGCCCUACUAUAAAAUGUUCGGA